AUGUCUCUUGUGGUCUCCUUUGACUGUCAGCAUCUCUUGUGGUCUCCUUUGACUCUCAGUGUCUCUUGUGUGGUCUCCUUUGACUGUCAGUGUCUCUUGUGGUCUUCUUUGACUGUCAUGUCUCUUGUGGUCUCCUUUGACUGUCAGUGUCUCUUGUGGUCUUCUUUGACUGUCAGUAUCUCAUGUGCAUCUCUUGUGGUCUCCUUUGACUGUCAGUGUCUCUUGUGGUCUUCUUUGACUGUCAGUAUCUCAUGUGGUCCCUGUGACUCUCAGUGUCUCUUUGUGGUCUCUCCUUUGACUCUUCUUUCUUUCUCUUCUUUAUCCCUUCUCUUUGUCUUCUCUCAUUUAUCUUUUCUUUUACUGUCUCUUUUAUUUGUUUCUUACCUUCCCUCUAUUAUGUCUUACUUUCUCUCCUUUUAUUUUCACUUUCUUUUCCUUUUCUACUUAAUUCCUUUUUUUUCUCUUUCUCAUUUCUCUGCUUUUUAUCCUGUUUUUUUUCCUUCUUUCUUUUAUCCUUUCUUUCAUUUUUUAUUCUUUUUAUUUUACUUUCCUUUUCUCUUUCUCUUCAUUUUCCAUUUUCCUUUAACCUUUCUUUUUCUCAUCUUUCCUUCUUUCUUUCUCCUCUGUUCUUUCUUUUUCCAUUUUUAUUCUCCUCUCAUUCCUACUUUUCUUCUUACCAACUCUUGCUUUAUGUUGAUCAACUAUUUAGAAGCUGUAAUCAAGAUUGUAAUAUUCCCCUAA